CAUAACAAAUGUGGGUCCGUACCCCCGUCGGUAUGAAUUUGGUUUGCUGGUCGUCCAAAUUUUGACUUCACUUCUCCUCUGCCCCUGGAACCAAGCGGUGGUCGCAUAGUAGUUCUUGAGCAAAGUUGAGCGUCUAACAACCCUCGCGUCAUUUCUGUGAAAGAACUGUCUCACAAUGCCUCCACAAAACACGGGUGUCGCUGCUCCCGAAGAUUUACGCGAUCGUAAGCUUGAUUCCUCAAAAAGUGAUGCCAAAAAGGACGUAAAAGGAGAUUCGGAAGAAUGGAAUUAUUGGGAUCAUCUCUACCCCGUCAACAUUUUCUGGUUUAUCCUUCUCCACGUCGGGGCUGCGUAUGGGUUAAAACUUGCCAUUACAGAUGCCAAAUUCGUCACGACGUUAUACGCAAUCCUUGUCUACAAAUUUUCCCUUUUUGGCAUCACUGCCGGGGUGCAUAGGUUGUGGUCACAUCGCGCGUACAAGGCACGAUUCCCACUCCGCGUCUUCCUCGCCAUGUGCAACUCGCUGUCGUAUCAAAAUUCGGUUUAUGAAUGGGCUCGAGACCACCGCGUCCACCACAAGUACACGGAGACCAAUGCUGACCCCGUCAAUUCAAAGAGAGGCUUUUUCUUCUCCCACGUGGGCUGGUUGUUGUGCAAAAAACAUCCCGAUGUUCAAAGGAUUGGAGGAAAGGUCGACAUGUCCGACAUCUUGGCCGACCCGGUGGUCUUCUACCAGCGAAAGUAUUACAUCCCCUCCGUCAUUUCCCUCUGUUUCGUGAUGCCGACCGUGGUGCCGUGGUAUUUCUGGGGGGAGACGCUCUGGAACGCCUACUUUGUCGCAGUCGUUCUUCGCUACUGUCUCGCCCUCAAUGCCACGUGGCUCGUCAAUUCGGCCGCUCACAUGUUCGGGGAUCGCCCAUACGAUAAAAAUAUCGCACCUGCCGAGAAUAGGAUCGUGUCAGCGUUAACAUUAGGCGAAGGGUUCCAUAACUUCCACCAUACAUUCCCUUGGGAGUAUUCCACAUCUGAGUGGGGCUGGAAGAUAAAUCUCACCACGAUUGCACUAGACUUUUUCGAAAAGGUUGGUCUCAUUUACGACGUGAAGAGAGUAACGCCUGAAAUGAUCAAGGCAAGAAUGGCACGGACUGGGCGACAUGGACAUGAAGUCGUGGAAGAGCACGAGUACAUGUGGAUUGAUAAGAAGUAAAUGAUCAAUUGCUCAAAAAAGAUGUGAAUAUUUUAGUUCUUAUUUAUUUUUUAAACUACUCGAUUUUGAAAUAAAUCAAUAUAUCUUCGA